AUGUAUGAUCGUAUUUGGACUCCAUUCUUCAGCUCUAGAUUUACGCAGAUUACAACGAAUCUCAAUAUAAACACCUCAGAUACAUUUGAGGUACCAAAAGCAGCACUUUCGAGUGCUGCUACGCCUAGAAACGCGAGUGCGCCAUUCAUCAUUAGUUGGAAACCCAUACCCUCUGAUGCUGAAGUCUACUUGUAUCUUCACUUUGCGGAGAUACAAACCCUUCAAGCCAACGAGACUAGGGAAUUCGACAUUAUAAUGAAAGGAGUUUUUAAUCAGUCAGGAAUUACGCCUCCUAAGCUUGAGCGACUUACAGUAUUUUCUGCUGUACCACUACAAUGUGACUUGGACGGUUGUCGUUUAGAGCUGGUAAGAACUCCAAAGUCAACUCUUCCACCUCUGAUCAAUGCUCUUGAGGCUUACACUAUUAUCGAAUUCCCACAACUGGAAACAAACUCAAGUGAUGUUGUUGCUAUCAAGAACAUCAAAGCUACUUAUCGUUUGAGUAAAAUCAGUUGGCAAGGAGAUCCAUGUCUCCCUCAAGAAUUAUCUUGGGAAAAUCUUGGAUGCAGUUAUGCUAAUAUCUCCACCCCACCAAGAAUCAUUUCCUUAAACUUGUCAGCAAGUGGGUUAACUGGGAGUAUAUCCCCAAUUUUACAGAAUCUAGCGCACAUACAAGAACUAGACUUAUCCAAUAACAGUUUGACUGGAUCUGUGCCUAAGUUUCUGGCCAACAUCAAAUCAUUAUCUUUGAUAAACUUAAGUGGAAACAAUCUUACCGGCUCAGUUCCACAGAAUCUACUUGAUAGAGAAAAGGAAGGACUUGUCUUAAAACUUGAAGGAAAUCCUGAGCUAUGCAAGAUUAGUUCGUGCAACCCAAAAGACAAAAAGGAACUGUUAGUACUGGUUAUUGCACCAAUUGCCUCUGUGCUUAUUGCAAUAGUGGUUGUGGGUCUCUUUCUUGUUUUCCGAAAGAAGAAGGUGCCUUUAGGUGAGUCUAGCUCAAGACAUAUAAUCAUUAAAUAA